GGCCGACCGACGGCGCGCUGCCCGGCGGUUCCGAGCCCGCGGCCGCCGUCUGGUCCAAGUUCGGGCUGGUCGUGCAGAAUCACGCGCCCGGCGAGCCCGCGCACACCACCGAGACCUCCGGCAUCAUAAUGCGGGCCCCGGACCCGAACACCUCCCAAGCGCCACCGCUGUCCACGGCCGUCGCCCCGACGGCUCUGGGAAAGUCUUGGACGCAGAUAUCCGUCACGCAGCCGCCGUCCCGGCCCUCGAAGCUGGUGGUCACCGCUAGCACGCCGGUCGAGUUCAGCGGCGCGGUCGCGACCACCGCGAGUCCGGCCAGCAGCACGCAGGACUUGCGCAGGGACAUACCGUCCAAAUACCAGCCGUUGAUCGGUACCUCUAAGCCGGUCAUCACCAUCACGUUUCCGCCGCCGACGCACCGUCAUCCCACCCAACGGCCGGCCGUCAGCGUGGAGGAGGUAACGUCCAAAAGGGUCCGGCAGUACGAUGACGACGAUGACGAUGACGACGACGAUGACGACGAUGACGACGAUGACGACGAUGUGUACGACGUCGACGAUGACGAUGACAAUGAGAACGUGCAUCAGGAUAAAGGCGAGAGUGAAGAGAUCGAAGAGAUCAUCGAAGUACAACAAAUCGACAACGACAGUUAUGCGGACGAGAAGCCCGCGAUCGUCAAAAAGAAGAAGCGCAGACGAAAAAAGAAGAAGGGCAAGAAGCACAAGCCGUUUAAAGUAAAGGACUUCAAAAAGCUUAAGAAGUUCAUGCUGCCGCUGUUGUUAGCGUACAAGCUCAAGUUCUUCACGCUCGUGCCGUUAAUGUUGGGCGGGCUAGUGCUGAUCGUGGCCACGACCGGUUUUGCUGGUUUCUUCUUUGCGCUGUUCGCCGUCGGACUGGGUCUCAAGGGACACCGUUGAUGGAAAAGCAAGCAUUAAGUAAAUGCUUCAGGUCGACGGACGUCCGUUCGGCGAGGACGUGUGGACGAUGCCGGUGGACAUCGGCCACGGGCGCUCGUCACCGUGAACACAAACAAACAAAAAUGGAACAAUAAUAUAAAAAUAAAAAUACAAAACAACAACAGAAGGAGGAAAAAGAAGAAAACGAAAAUCGGGAAACAAGGCGCGACUAAGACGAAUCGUGUACCGUCAUCGUGGUCGCAUCGACGGACUCCAUUGCUCAAGUUCAAACAGUUGUAGAUUUAUUAAGAAACGAAUUAUCAGACUCGUUUUUUUUUUUUUCGACGAUCGUUUUAUUCCGUCCCCCUACCACACCACUUAGUCUUUAUUUAUUAAUUUUUUUUAUUUAUUCAUUUAUUUAUCCGUACGAACGUUCUGCGAAUUGUUACAGUCGCAUAACCAGCAGUCUAGAUUAAAACAUAUAGUGUAUAAUAAUGUUCUAUAAAGUUAUCGUUACACUUACUAAUUUAUGUAAAUAUUUAUCGUAAUUAUAAAAUAUUUAACUAACCGUAUGCAUCGUCGCACAGUGUCGUACUACCGAUGUACUGUACCGGAACUAUGCGAAAUAAUUAUUUAUAACUGGUAUUUAUAACACUGUUGUACGUGCUUAAAUUAUUAUUAUUAUUAUUAUUAUUAUUAUUAUUAUUAUUAUGAUUAUUAUGAUUAUUAUU